ACGGAGGGAUUAAUAGACCGAGAGAGAGAGAGAGAGAGAUUGCGCGAGUUCACUGCAAAGAAUUUGCGAUAAACCCUAAUUUAUAAAGGCCAUGACUGCUCUCCAAGCUUCUCUCAUUUUCAACAAACCUUCACUACUCUCUCACUCCUACUCCCCCCACCGCAACCAUCGCCUCCCUCUCUCUCCUCGCCGCACCCGUAUCGAUAUUCCUCUCUCCUCCUCCCCACUCUCUCUCUCUCCCCUCAAUAAGUUCCACCGCCGCCGUCUAUCUCUCAAUUGCACAUUGCACCCCGAUAACGUCAAUUCAAGCCCCAAAGAAUCCGCCUUUUUGGAUUCCAAUUCGAUUUCGGACUGGGAAACGGAGGGGAUUGGCAAUGGAUUUUCAGGAGAUAACGCGAGAAUCGAGUCGAAUUCAGUUGAUGGUGAGAGGAAAAAAGCGGAGGUUUCGGUAGCGAAAGGGGAUAUGCUGCCGGCGGUGGUGUUUGCUAUGGGGUUGUUGGCGCGCGCGAGGGAGGGAUUGGAGAGGUUUUUCGCGUCGGAUUGGUUCAGCUGGUGGCGGAUUUGGCGGCAGGAGAGGAUGACGUUGGCGCGGUUGGUCGAGGAAGCUGAUGCGAAUCCGAGGGAUGCAGCGAAGCAGAGUGCUUUGUUGGCUGAGCUUAAUAAGCACAGUCCCGAGGGUGUCAUCAGGCGAUUUGAGGAAAGGGAUCAUGCAGUAGACAGCAGAGGAGUUGCGGAGUAUAUUAAAGCUCUUGUGGUCACUAAUGCUAUUGCUGAAUAUCUUCCCGAUGAGCAAUCCGGAAGGCCUUCUAGUCUUCCAUCGUUGUUGCAAGAGUUGAAGCACCGUGCAUCAGGGAACAUGGAUGGGCCAUUUUUGAGCCCUGGCGUGUCUAUGAAGCAGCCAUUGCAUGUGGUGAUGGUUGACCGAAAAAUGUCAAAAAAAUCACGCAUUGUUCAAGAAGUGAUCUUCUUCCUGAUUUUGGGCAUAUCUGCAAUGUGGUUUGUGCGUACUGCUGGAUUUCAAAAAUAUGUUGGGACCUUGGGUGGGAUAGGAGCUUCAGGUGUGGGUUCAAGUUCCUCCUAUGCCCCAAAGGAGCUGAAUAAAGAGAUUAUGCCUGAGAAGAAUGUUAAAACUUUUAAGGAUGUCAAAGGCUGUGACGAUGCUAAACAAGAACUAGAGGAGGUGGUGGAGUACCUCAAAAACCCAACAAAGUUUACCAGACUUGGGGGGAAGUUGCCUAAGGGAAUCCUUUUGACUGGAGCACCUGGAACUGGCAAAACAUUGCUUGCCAAGGCUAUUGCUGGAGAAGCUGGGGUGCCUUUCUUUUACAGAGCAGGUUCGGAGUUUGAGGAAAUGUUUGUUGGCGUUGGAGCUCGGCGUGUAAGAUCCUUAUUCCAAGCAGCUAAGAAGAAGGCUCCUUGCAUCAUUUUCAUCGACGAGAUUGAUGCUGUCGGCUCCACACGGAAGCAGUGGGAAGGACACACAAAGAAAACAUUGCAUCAGUUACUCGUUGAAAUGGACGGGUUUGAACAGAAUGAGGGUAUAAUCUUGAUGGCUGCAACAAACUUGCCUGAUAUACUUGAUCCAGCUUUGACGAGGCCUGGUAGAUUUGACAGGCAUAUUGUUGUUCCUAAUCCAGAUGUACGGGGUCGCCAAGAGAUAUUGGAUCUCUAUCUUCACGAUAAACCAAUGGCUGAUGAUGUAGAUGUGAAAGCAAUUGCUCGUGGUACACCAGGGUUCAACGGGGCCGAUUUGGCAAAUUUGGUAAAUAUUGCUGCUAUUAAGGCUGCUGUCGAUGGAGCUGAGAAGCUAACUGCAGCACAGUUAGAGUUUGCAAAAGACAGGAUAAUGAUGGGUACAGAGCGGAAGACGAUGUUCGUUUCUGAAGAGUCAAAGAAGCUCACAGCAUAUCAUGAGAGUGGGCAUGCUGUUGUUGCCUUCAAUACUGAUGGUGCACAUCCAAUUCAUAAAGCAACGAUCAUGCCACGUGGAUCUGCUUUGGGAAUGGUUACACAGCUCCCUUCAGAUGAUGAAACAUCAAUUAGCAAGAAGCAGUUGUUAGCACGUCUUGACGUUUGCAUGGGGGGAAGAGUUGCAGAGGAGCUUAUCUUUGGUCAGGACCAGAUCACAACUGGAGCUAGUAGUGAUCUUAAGACGGCUACAGAGCUUGCUCAGUACAUGGUAUCAGCCUGUGGGAUGAGUGAUACAAUCGGGCCUGUUCAUAUCAAAGAACAUUCUGGUUCAGAAAUGCAAUCACGAAUUGAUGCGGAAGUGGUAAAACUUCUAAGAGAAGCAUAUGAUCGCGUGAAAGCCCUGCUUAAGAAGCAUGAGAAGGCGUUACACGCAUUGGCGAAUGCACUGUUGGAGUAUGAGACCCUUACUUCGGAAGAAAUCAAGCGCACUCUUCUUCCCUAUGGGGAAGGGCAGAUGUCUGAGCAACAACGGCAACAAGUAGAGGAGGAGGAGCUUGCAUUGGCAUAAAGGCCGGCUCUAUUCUGUGUAACCCUACUCUGCUGCAGUAGGUGAGCUCUGUACAGUAUAUACAAAGCGCAACAGUCGAAUUAUUUAUUGGCAGGUCUUCUAAAUUCUCUCCUCAGCCGAUUUUCUUGUUGUAACGUCAUAGGUUUUAGGCACGAGCACCUCAAUGGGUGUCCCACAUUCACACCACCUGUGAUAGAAAAACCCUUGCCUUAUUCGAACGUGUAAAUUUUUUUUAUGUUUUUGUGGAUGUCAACUGAGGGUCUCGGCUUUUAGCCAAUUAGUUUUUGUCUUGAUGCCAUUGAUUAUAAAAUAGUAGAAUAAACUUUUUUACGUGGAA